AAAUACAAAAUUGGUUUGAUAGAUGAAUAGUAAAAGACGUGUAAGAAGAUUUAAAUGGAAUCACCGAAUCUUGAGAGGGAGUUAAGAAAAGAAAAAAGACGUGGAAGUAAGGAAAAGUGGGUCCUCCUACUCAUCAAAUUGAUGAGAUUGGCAAGUGGUGGCAACGCGCUAAUCAAUAAUCAUAUAAUCCCCCACUUUUAUCCAAAUUAUUAUUUGGUUAUAAAUACAUUUCCACUUGUCCAUUACCUUCUCCAACCAACAACAACGAUCUCCUUCAAACAUUCCAAACAAACAUAAACAAUGGAAGCUACAAUGAUCUCUUCGUCGGCUUUGAUAUCACCUCUCAGGUUCCAUCCAUUGGUGUUUUCCGCGAAUAAAAUGAUGAUUAAGAAGAAGAAGAAGAUGAUGAUGAGCGUUUCUGCGGCUGCGUCUUCAGGAAAGGACCAUUACUACGGAGGAGGGAGACUGGUGGACGAGAACAUGAUCGUUCUGAGGAAACGCAUCCACGAGAUGAAGAUGGUUGAGAGAAACUACGAGCCUCCUUCUCACUGGAUGGAUUGGGAGAAGCGUUUCUACAGCAGCUACGACUCUGUCAUCUGCGAAUCCGUUGGUCUUCUCCAGAGCUUCCUCAUGAAUUCUCGGCCCACAGUUGCAAUCGCAACGCUGCUUCUCCUCAUCGUUAGUGUUCCCGUUUCCUCCUCUGUUUUAGCCUUUCGCCUUCUUGACCUCCUCCAGUGGGUUCUCGCCGCCGCAACUUCGGGUCACGUGGGCUGAUCUGCUCGGCCCAUUUCACUUUUUUUCCUUUUACUUACCCACACUCUUUUUUUUUUGUUGGUUAUGUAUACUGUAAACACACAUAAUAUUCUUUAUAUUAUUUAUCUGAUUUUUUUACUUUAGCUUAAGAUAUAUGUUUAAAAAUCGUGUAAUUAAUUUAUUCUUUCUUUCAUCAAGUUUGUGUAAAUUUCUUGCUUUAUUAUAUGCCAAUGUGACAAAAAAAAGAGAGAGGAUAAUACG